AUGUCUGAUCGUCAGUCUAAGAGGAAACAGUACCGCGAGGCCAAAGAGGAGUCGCGGCAGGUGUUGAAACACGCGCGGUUCGAAGAGAGCCAGGAGGUGAGUCUGCCGAAGAAGCGGUUCUACCGGCAGCGGGCGCACUCGAACCCGUUUUCGGACCAUAAGCUGGAGUAUCCACGAAAUCCAGAUGCCAUGGACUGGGGACGGUACUAUCCCGGGUACGUGGACCCGGAGACAGGCAAACUGGACCGCCGUGUCGAGAUCGCAGACAUCGGGUGCGGAUUUGGAGGGCUUUUGGUCGACCUGGCCCCACAAUUCCCUGAACAGUUGAUCUUGGGAAUGGAGAUCAGAGUGCAGGUCACAAAGUACGUGGAGGACCGUAUUUUGGCCCUCAGACAGCAGCACAAAGACACAAACGCGUACCAGAACAUCAGCGUGAUCCGCGGGAAUGCGAUGAAAUUCCUGCCCAACUUCUUCCACAAAGCGCAGCUGUCCAAGAUGUUCUUCUGUUUCCCGGACCCGCACUUCAAGCAGAGAAAGCACAAGGCGCGGAUCGUGACGGCCACGCUGCUGAGCGAGUACGCGUACGUCUUGCGCGAGGGCGGUGUCGUGUACACGAUCACCGACGUGGAGGACCUGCAUCAGUGGAUGGUAAGCCAUUUGGACGAGCACCCGUUAUUUGAGAGACUGUCCAAGGAGUGGGAGGACCAGGACGUGUGUGUGGCCACUAUGCGCGAGUCCACCGAGGAGGGCAAGAAGGUCGCGCGCAACAACGGAGACAAGUUCGUUGCGUGCUAUAGACGGAUAGCUGUGUAG